GUUCUGAAGCUGGGCCUGUUCAACAAGACGAGUGGUAGCAGAAAAGGUUCAGGUCAGCUGUGGUGCGCUUGUCUCACUUUUGUCCCCGCUGCUGGUGCGGCCUCUCAUGUCUGGAUCGCUGUCGUCCGCGCGCGCUGAGGGUGCUGCCGUCCUCGCUUUCGUGAAGCACGCGCUGCCAACGUGGGCACGCGCUCUCCUCUCUCUGCUCUUCCUGCUCCCCGGGGGCACGGCGCCGUGCGGAUGGAAGUGGUGCGCGGGCGUCGUGGAGGAGCAGACCGCUCUCAGGCAUACGUCUGCUCAAGUCCUCGCUUCUCGUGUGCAGCUCGGCUUCCCCACACGUCGAGAGAGCAUGGCCGCCACGCCGGGCGCGGGCGGGGGGCCGAGGACAGCGUGCCCUCCCUGCUGGUCGGUGCUUGCCCUUCGCAAGGCACUCCGUCUUGCCGUCGCCAGUUUGACCCCUUCUGUAUCUUCGGUGGCGCAAGAGGAGGCACUUGGAGCUGAUGGGGAGGCUUGGAUUUCCAGGGGCAACAACAUCCUGAUCAUGCUCUCCAAGGUCGAGGAGGGUAGCCUCGAGUGGGAACUGUCCAGAGAUUUCUGUGGUGCCGUAGUCACGAACUUGUCUUGCAUGCCUUGUCUCUCCAACAUGCAUGUGUACCUUUGCGGUGAUGUUUCCAAGGCCAGCAGCCUCAAGCUGGAGUCGGCCGAGCGAGUAUUUGUCAUCAGGGAAGCUUCGCACGGCCACGGCCAGGCUGACUCCUGGCCAGUCGUGUGUAUGGGCCGUGUUCCCAUUCUUGUGCACGGAGUCGGCGUGUACUACAGGCGUCUCUUCGACCUGGACCUCGACUACUUCAAGCGGAUCCGCUCUGAGCACGCCUUCCAGACUCUCACGGAGUCGACCAAACCUGGGACGGCCCAUCGUACGGGGAUCUACCUGACGCCAGUCGAGUGCGAGGGCGAGGAUGUGCAUUUCCGAUUGCUGCGGUGCUCAAGCAAUUUCUCUGGUCCGACAGUCAACUUUGGUAAGAGCGAUACCGACAUCGUCACGGCCUUGAAUGUAGAGGCAGCCAGUAUCUUCAAGAAUCCAGCGCCUCUGAACCACGUGCUGGCCCAGAUCUACCAUAAUCAGCCUGCCACAGGCGGUAAGAAGCAGACGAAGGCAAAGAUCAAAGCCCACUCGGACAAGACCAAAGACAUGCCGAGCAAUGGUCUCAUGGCUUUCUGCACCUUUUACGAUGACCUCGAGCGGUUGAAACCGUUGUCUACCGACACUUUCGACUUCGGCCUGAAGGGCGUCAGCGGUCUGACGAAGUUGCAUUUUCGUUUGAAGCCGGGAGCUAAGGAGCGGCCUGGGUGCGCCCUCAAAUCGGAGUUCAGUGUGAUUUUGUACCCGAAUUCGGUCUUCUUCAUGCCGUUGUCAACAAACCGACUGUACACACACGAGAUCAGGCCAUCGGCGAUGGACGCACACCUAUUGCCCACCCGCUUGGGGUACGUGGUCCGCUGUUCGGCCGCCGAAGCAUUGCACAAAGGCGGGCAGACUUUCCUCAAGAUGCCUGCGGGCAGCUUGGCGCCACUUGAGCAGCCUGAGCCUCGGGGCGUGCACAUCCUGCGCGCUCUCUACGCCGAGGAGAACUCAACCGAUGACGUCAUCGACUACUCGAAGCACGGGCCGCUUCUUUUCAGCAUGAACAGGGGAGACUACCUCAGACCAGCGGUGCACAACACGGCAAAUGAGUUUCGCUCGCUCCUGGUGCGCACCGAUGGCAAUUUGUUUGAUCAGCUCUUCCGUUCGGUGCAGUUCGAGCAGGUGGGCAAGGGCCGGCUGGGUACCGUUCUGACGAAGCCAGACGUCGCACGUGGUACCCCCAUAGUGCGCACCACGACAAAGUACGGUUCCCCUGCGCAGUCCUUCGGCUCAGUGCAUGAUCGCCUGGCGCAGAACAUUCAAGAGUGUGCGUCGCUCCCGGGUGGCUUCAACAAUGCCCUCAUCGAGAGCUAUACCAAUGCCUACACCACCAUGGGCUUUCAUUCGGACCAGGACCUGGACUUGGAGGAAGGUUCGUCCAUCGCUGUCUUUUCUUGCUACCAGCACCCCGAGCUAGCGAACCCACCGCGCAAGCUGAUCGUAGAGCCAAAAGGGCCUGGUGGUGGGACGUUUGAGGUCCCUCUUGUGCAUAAUAGCGUCGUCGUCUUCUCCCUUGACACCAAUCGACGUUUCAGGCAUAAGAUCGUGCUAGACACCGCCGCCAACCCGCCCGCAAACCAGUGGCUGGGUGUCACCCUUCGGACGUCAAAGACGUUUGUGCAGUUCCGGGACGGGCAGACCUGCUUUGAGGACGGCACGCCUCUGACUCUGGCCAACGGCAACCAGCGCCGCGAGUUUUUGCAUCUCCGCGGCGGCGAGAACAAGGGGACGAACUUUGCCUAUCCUCGGCUCACGUACACCAUCAGCGAGAGCGACAUGAUGCCGCCUCUUCCCGUCUGAAGCCGAGUAGGGUGAUCGCGCGCGCGCGCUUAUGCGUGGAAGCGCGUGCUACGGGCCAGAAGGCUGGUGGCUCCAGUGGGAGCGGUCGGGCUUGUACCGACCAGCUCGGGCUGUGAGCAGCGAGCAUCGUGUACAGAAUGGCCCUUCAUAGACGGGGGUGCGAACCGUGCAGUACUUGCGAGCCCCAAAAUUGUGAUGCGCCUAUGUGCGUCGCAGGUUUCGGCAGGGCCUCGGUGUUGCCGCAGUUGCAAUUCUAGACGCUCCCCACUCACGCCCUAGGGCUGAUGGGGUUUAGAUGCCAGAACGUGGGCCCCAAUCAGUGUUCUGUGCAACCUACGGGGUGCAACCUACGGGGCUGCAGCAUAGGAAGUGCACUCUAGGCGGUUCAGCCUGUGGGAUGCAACUUGUGGGG